AUUCCAUUAAAAUUAAACAUGGAAGAGUUGGAAAAUUAGCCAAAGAUUCGUUCUUUCAGUCCAAAUCGACACAUCUGAAAGCAAUAGAGCAGCACAUUGGUUGACCUCAGUAUUCUCUCAUUUCUUGGCUAUCCAUGGCUUGCUCUCAGUUUCUUUGCAGUAACUACUCCUCUACUUCUCAAAAUUCGUUCAGAAGAAACCAUCAACGUCAAUUCGGAUAUGGGUCGUGCAAUUUUGCCUCAAAGAUUCAAUUUCAAAGAGCCCCGCUCGUUAGAUUUAAACUUAAAGCUAUGGUUUCUGAUUCUAACGCCUCCAGGAGACGAGUAGAGAUUGUGUAUGAUCCUGAUGAAAGGGUGAACAGUCUGGCUGAUGAAGUGGACAAGAAUGCUCCCCUUUCAAGGCUUACUUUGUUCUCUCCUUGCAAGAUAAAUGUUUUCUUGAGGAUUACCAGCAAGAGGGUAGAUGGAUAUCAUGAUUUGGCGUCUCUAUUCCAUGUUAUAAGUCUUGGUGAUACAAUUAAGUUCUCUUUGUCACCAUCAACAACAAAGGACCGUUUGUCCACCAAUGUGUCUGGGGUGCCCAUUGAUGAUAGUAAUUUGAUUAUUAAGGCGCUUAAUCUUUACAGGAAGAAGACUGGCAGUGAAAAGUUUUUUUGGAUUCAUCUUGAUAAACGAGUGCCUAGUGGGGCAGGGCUAGGUGGUGGAAGUAGCAAUGCUGCAACCGCAUUGUGGGCAGCAAAUCAAUUCAGUGGUUGUCUUGCUACAGAGAAAGAACUUCAAGAUUGGUCAAGUGAGAUUGGAUCAGAUGUCCCUUUCUUUUUCUCUCAGGGAGCAGCCUAUUGCACUGGUCGAGGUGAGGUUGUUCAGGAUAUUCCUCCUCCAAUACCUUUGGAUAUGCCGAUGGUUCUCAUAAAACCACAAGAGGCAUGUUCAACAGCAGAAGUUUACAAGCGUCUAAAAUUGGACCAGGCUAGUAAUGUUGAUCCUUUGGCACUGCUGGAAAAGAUAUCAAGGAAUGGAAUAUCACAAGAUGUUUGUAUCAACGAUCUGGAACCCCCAGCAUUUGAAGUUCUCCCAUCUCUUAAAAGACUGAAGCAGCGAAUUAUUGCAGCUGGUCGUGGAGAAUAUGAUGCUGUUUUAAUGUCCGGAAGUGGAAGCACUAUUGUUGGCAUUGGUUCGCCAGAUCCUCCACAAUUUGUCUAUGACGAUGAUACAUACAAAGAUGUUUUCUUGUCAGAUGCCUAUUUUCUCACUAGAGAGGCUAACCAGUGGUACAGAGAACCUACCUCAAGUCCUACCCCUCCAUCCUAUUCUUCUCAGACUGCUUAG